UGCUCCCUUUCGCCGCUUUCGCCGCGAGCAAGAGCAGCAAGGAUCUGCGUCACGACCUUCUGGAUGGCUACGACCCUCUCGUCCCGCCAACAGCAGGUGCGGACGUACUCGUGAAUCUCCGCGUAUUCAAGGUGGUUGGCGUGAGUGCUGCGUCGAGCCAUAUGCUGCUCAAAGUAUGGUUUCGGCAGAGCUGGACGGACCCGCGACUGGUUUGGUCGCCGGGCGAUUAUGACAACGUGACGUCAGCCUACUUCCGCGCCGCCAGCCGAUACGACGGCGCAUCGAACAAUCGCGGCGUGAACGAGAUCUGGCUGCCCGACAUCCGGCCGUAUAACCUGGGCGAGGGGUUCGAGGAUACGCUGCAGCCGUCAGACGUCCUCGUUAACCACACGGGUGGCGCCUUUUGGUCACGGCCGGGCGUGAUGGACGUGCUCUGCAAGUUUGACGGGCUCGCGCGCUUCCCGUUCGACCACAAGCUGACUUGUCCGAUCGACGUGGGCGGGUGGAUGCUCGACGGACAGCGGCAGCGCGUCGGCCUGUUGGACGGCGGAUACGAGGGCGACUUCGUCGAGGACGAUGUCGACUCCUCCGCCACCUUGGUGGAGGCUAGCGCGGGCUCCUCGUUCACGGAGUGGGACCUGCUUUCCCUGUCUGCUGUCGUGCGCAACCUGACUUAUGUCUGCUGCGGCGACGACCCGUGGCCCGUCGUCCUGCGCAACGCCUCCUUCUUUUACUUCUACGUCCUCAUCUUCCCGCCGACCACCCUUGCGAUCCUCGCCAUCUCCGUCUUCUUCGUCUCGCCAGCGGUUGGUGAGCGGCUCUCGUUCGGGGUCACUCUCGUGGUGGCGUCCCAGUUCGGCGCGUGCAAGCUCGUCGUGAUGCAGCUCAUGCCUAUCUGCUCCGAGCUCCUCUGGGUGGAUGUCUUCCUCCUCAUCAACGAGCUCGUCACCCUCCUCUCCCUCCUCGAGUCGACUCUCGUCCUCUUCCUCCACCACUACGAGCUGCUCGGCCUCUUCCAGGCAGCACCGCAAACGGCGGCGGUCGAAGAGAGUGGCGCCCCCGCAGAGCGUGAGCAAAGCCGGGCGGAGAGCAAGGCGGAGCGUGGCUCCGACGGGAGGGACGCCCCGUCGGGCGACGGCCCCACCCCGGGAGGCGACGCCAUUGCCGGCCCAUCGGCGGAGCUUGGCUCAGUGGGCCACAAGGCGGCUGCGGCCGUCGCCGCCGCCGACACGGAGGUGUCUCCCGUGGUGGAGGCGGCCCUCGCCGAGGCGGCGGUCCGCGCGGCGGGCGCGACUGCCGCGCGCGGCCGAGGAACCAAGUAUCACAAGCGCCGCUUCCGGCUGCACGAGCGGCAGGCGCAGCGGCUGCUCUACUACGAGAAGCUCUUCUUCGUGCUCGACAACGACGGCGCCGGCUACGUCGAUGGCGCGACCGCCGAUCGCUUCCUCUCCUUCGUGGCUUUUGAGCUAGACGCGCCCACGCGGCGACGGCGCAUCCUUGAGGCCGUCUCCUUUGACCUGGACGCCGCAGCGCUGGCGGCCGAGAGGCCGGCGCCGGUGGCGCGGCGCUGGUCGAUAGAGGCCAAGGCGACGAUGCGAUUGCGCGGCGGCGAGCUGUUCCUCUCUCGCAUGCAGUUCGUGCAGCUGUGCAUGGGCACGCUCGGUCGGUGCGGUCUCGACAAGCCGCUCGAGGAGGUGCAGAUGGCCUUCGCCACGUUCGACAUGGCACACACGGUGGGAAGACGGCGCGCGCUGGCCUACUGGCGCGGCGUGGGGCGCCGGAUCGACGCGGCGUCUCGGGUGGUCUUCACGGUGGGGUACUCGGUGGGGCUGCUCGCGCUCUACAACCUCAACAGGGAGUCAGCGCCGCUCUGGUCGAUGAGCGCGCUGAGCAUCCUCGCCACCGUCGCGACACCGUGCGCCGUCGUCGCCACCUUUGGCGCUUGCCUCUGGGCGCGGAGCAUGCGCCAGCGGACGCGCGCCCAGGGGAUGCCUCGCAUGGCAGUGGAGGCGGUGGCGGCGAUGCGGGAGAGGAGAGGCGGGGCCUUUGGUGAGAGCCGGGGCCGCUCGUUCAAGACGACUGGGGAUGGUGCACGCGUGUGAGAGGAAGUUCAAAACAUACUUUACGCCAGUACACAAGUGUCUAUGACCUUACCUUA